CCCAUCCACCAUGGCCGAUUCAUUCCGUCAUUUCCUUUCACUGGUUUCAGUCCUCGUCCGUACUGCUACUAUUACCUCUCUCCUUGGGCCUCGAUUCCACUUCUUCCAUGGCUGAAUCCAUAGCAAUGCUUCCAUGGAGUAUCUCCUCCACUGCUCCCCUGGACCAUCAUCUUCAUCACCAUCGAGUGAUGCUUAGGGCAAAUUGUAGCUCUCAGAAGCUCGAACGCUGUUCUGGAACUUGUACUGAUGCCAGCUUUUCUAGAUUGAGCUCGACUCAGUCUUCCAUAGUGUUCUCCAACUCUAAGAGAUCGAGGCUAAAGUGCUUUCCGCCAUUGAAUGUUUUGGUGGAUUCAGAGAGUCAAACUGUUCCCGCUAAGCCGCUUAUCGGGAAUGAUAAGAUUGGGGUUUUGUUGCUCAAUCUUGGAGGUCCUGAGACUCUCGACGAUGUUCAGCCUUUUCUGUUUAAUCUCUUUGCUGAUCCGGAUAUCAUUCGACUGCCAAGAUUAUUUCGCUUUCUUCAAAAGCCCUUGGCACAAUUCAUUUCCGUCUUCAGGGCACCCAAGAGCAAAGAGGGCUAUGCUGCAAUUGGUGGUGGUUCUCCUCUUCGACGGAUAACUGAUGCUCAGGGUGAAGAGUUGAAGAAGGCCCUUUGGUCUAAAGAUGUCCCAGCUGAUGUGUAUGUGGGUAUGCGAUAUUGGCAUCCUUUUACUGAAGAAGCCAUAGAACAGAUUAAAAAAGAUGGGAUAACAAAGCUUGUUGUCUUACCGCUUUAUCCUCAAUUUUCAAUAUCAACUAGUGGUUCAAGUCUUCGACUGUUGGAGAGUAUAUUCCGGGAGGAUGAAUAUUUAGUCAACAUGCAGCACACGGUAAUACCUUCCUGGUACCAGCGUGAAGGCUACAUAAAGGCAAUGGCAAAUUUGAUCGAGAAGGAACUAAAAGGUUUUGAAUCCCCUCAGAAGUGUGUGAUAUUCUUUAGUGCACAUGGAGUUCCACUUGCAUAUGUAGAAGAGGCUGGGGAUCCAUACAAGGCAGAGAUGGAAGAAUGUGUAGAUCUGAUAAUGGAAGAAUUAGAAAAAAGAAGCAUAAACAAUCCAUAUACUCUGGCAUAUCAGAGCAGAGUUGGACCUGUGGAAUGGUUGAAACCCUAUACGGAUGAGACAAUAAUUGACCUUGGGAAAAAAGGAGUGAAAAAUCUGCUUGCAGUGCCAAUUAGCUUUGUGAGUGAACAUAUUGAAACUCUAGAAGAGAUUGAUGUUGAGUACAAAGAAUUAGCCCUAGAAUCUGGUAUAGAAAACUGGGGUCGCGUUCCUGCAUUAGGAUGUGAACCCACCUUUAUUUCAGAUUUGGCAGAUGCUGUAAUCGAGUCCCUCCCAUAUGUUGGAGCUAUGGCUGUAUCUAAUAUCGAAGCUCGACAGUCUUUGGUUCCACUUGGUAGUGUGGAAGAGUUAUUAGCAGCAUAUGAUUCACAACGGAGAGAACUACCGCCACCGGUCACUGUGUGGGAAUGGGGUUGGACCAAAAGCGCAGAAACUUGGAAUGGGAGAGCUGCUAUGCUGGCAGUGCUUGUUUUGUUGGUGCUAGAAGUCACCACCGGGGAGGGGUUUCUUCACCAAUGGGGUAUUAUGCCGUUCUUUCAUUGAAUCAAAUCUCUUUUAAUUGCUAUAAAUUUUUUCUUCUAUUAUUCUAUAUAAACACGAGUUAUUGGAGGCUUGUAAAGUUUUCUCUUUUCAGAUAAAAAUGUCUGUAUUCAUACCAGUGACUUCUUUCAUACAUAUGUAGUAUGUUGGUUACCCAGGCAUUGUUUAUGAUGCUUACAUAAUAUCUAAUUUAGGUAGUUUUUAGGUGAACCACUAGUGUUGGUCAGGAGGAUAAAAUAUGUAUUCAUGAAUAAAUAAUAGCAGCAUAUGAAUAUAUAUAUUGAGAGGUUUUUGUGUUUU